AUGUUGAAGUUCGUAACCCUAUCGCUGGUGCUGGCCGUAGCCAACGGGCAAUACAUACUGAGCAAUGGCAACAACCUGAACGGCCAGCGACUGAUCGCCAGCAACGGCAACGACAACACACAGUACAUACUAGUCCAGGCGCAGCCCCAGGAGGACGCCCACGUUCACUACCAGCCCUAUCUGCAACGUCAGGCCUACUCCAUCCAACCCCAACGUAUCGUAACCCAAGCGGCGCCCCGUAUUAUCCAAGCCCAGGCACCCAAGCCUAUCGUAUUGAGAGCCCCGGCAGCCCGUGUGGUGGAGGAACAGUACGGCCCGGCGGAGCCAUACACUUUUGGUUUCCAGUCCAGCGAUGAGCAGGGUAAUCAGCUUAGUCGAUCAGAGACUUCCGAUGGAUCAGGCGCGGUUAGAGGCAGCUACUCGUACACCGAUGCCAAUGGUCUGAACCGUAUCGUUGAGUACGUGGCCGAUGCCGGCGGUUACAGAGCCACCGUUAAGACAAAUGAGCCUGGUACUGCCAAUGCCAACCCAGCUGAUGUCCAGAUCAACGCUGAGGAGCCCCCGUCAGCCGUCCAGCAAAUAGUGGCCGCCUAUUCAACCCCUAAGGCUCGCCUCCAAAACUAAAUUGUACAUGAUCAAAUUGCACAACAUUUAAAAUUGUUUAUUCUGGUGUACACAUUCCAAACAUAUCACCCUGGUCAAAAUUAUUAAAGCACUUUCACUGGUGAUGGUCACAACGUUUUUACAGUCAUAUUUGCUCUCCCAUACCCCCAGCAUCCAUACACAUCCCUCCCUCUCCUCCUGUAAACGAGCUUAGCACAUUUUUACAAAAUGUCAAUUUUUAAUACACCUUGAUGCAAUUUAAUUAGUUAUUUUGAC